UCAUUAGAACCAGGAAGGCUGGUGUGUGCUCGAGCCUGCAGAGAAACUACGAACGUGAAACCUGUACAGCACCUGUCAUCUAGAGAUGUCACUCAGCAGAGGGAAUUGGUCUGCUCUCUCCAGGCUAUCAAAACAACGUUCAGAAGAUGAUGAAGAGGAGCAGAUAAGAGAAAGAAGAAGAAGAAACCGUAUUUCUUCUAACCCUGGUGAAAAAGUAAUAGAAGUUUUAUCUGAGGAAGGAGACAGUGACAAGUCCUUGCUUUCCUCAGUGUCAGCUCACAGCACAGAGGAAACUGAAAAAAAGGAACAAACAGAAAAGCAUCAGUCCUUUAAAACCUUGGAACUUGGAACUGUAAGUGAGAUUGGUGUAAACCGAGAACUCAGAAGUGACGAAGAAAAGAGCAAGUGUUAUGCAGCACAAAAUAGCCAGAUUUCUAGAAGUGAAAAUGGAGUAAAUAAUAGUAACAUACAAAAUGAUUUUCAGAAUCAUAAGUUACAAAGAGACCAGAAUUUGGAAGAUAAAAAGCAGACCAAAGAAAUAAAUAAAUUGACUGCUGGUGAUAACAGUGAGGAAUGUAAUAGCCAACAGAAAUUUCAAGGAUCUAAUAAUCAAACCAAAGUGAGUCUUGCUUCUGGCAGUCAAAAAGAAGUCAGCCAGGGGGCCAAGCAGCAAAAUAAAUUGAUAGUAAACUUCAAAAAGAGCAACCACAAAAUAAAUGAAACCCAGGAAUCAGAAAAUUGGGUGCAAAGAGAAGAGAAGAAGGCAAAUGACACAAAACAAUUAAUAGGUCAGGAUAUUCCUGACAGUUCACCCAGUUCCUCUAGCAUUUCUUCAAUUCACAGAGAUGUGGUAACGGACAUAUAUUCUUCUUCAGAAUCCGUACCAGUGAAUGAUUAUGGAGCUUCCUCCAGCACCAAAAGAACAGAAACACACAGGAGCCAAGUUUUUGUAAGCACUGUGAAGAUUCCAAGGAAGCAGAGUACAAGUGAUAAAGAUGACAGGCAUAUUUCAGAAACUGAUUUACCUGUGCAAAACAAAACUGGGAAUGAGGCCCCUUCUGCCACCAAAACAAUAAAGAGAACAGAAAUGCACAUUGCAGCAUUACCAAGUAGAUCUAACAGUAACAAAGAGGAUGACCUUCUUUUAUCCCCACCACCUUCUUCUCAGUUUAGACGUUUGAGUCCACGGACCAGCUCCUUCAGGGCAGUGUCUCAAAGUGAAGAUAAAGAUGAUGGGGCUUUCUCACGCAAUUCUAGUCUACGAUUUUCUCUUCGGAGCCGAAAUAUAGAAGACAGAAUGGAGAAAUAUGCAUCAGCUGUGCAGAGAUCUGGAAGUGUCUGCAUAAGCAAAACCCAAAGUAGAUGUGUCAUUGGAGCAUUAGAUGGUAUUACCAGCAAGCGAAGUAUUUUUGAGAAAGAUGAUAAACCUACAAAUAAAGCUCCCAGUACUACCAAAAAGGAUCUUACUCUUCCUGUUGCUGUUACCUCACGUAUUAACCAGUGGGCCUGCAAAACCCAGGAGGAUCCAACUGCUGCAGCAAGACCCAAGGAAAUCAGCAUUGGUCAUGUGUCCAAUAAAAAAAUGUUAUGGCAAAAGAAAUCUCAGUUAUCAAGUGAUACAAAGCUUUGAUACACAGUAACCAAGAAGACCAUUUGGACAUUCCAUUUUAGUUUGGUUUUUAAACAAAUAUCCUUCAUGUGUCCUCAGUUGUUCUCCCCACUCUUAUCUCCUUAUUUAAUAUUUAGUUUAAAACAAUGAGAAUUAAAUGACAAUAACAAAUUAUAUAAUGAAAACAAAUUCUAGAAUUCUUCAAUUACAUCAGUGGUUACAUCACAUAAAUAUAUUGCAAAUAUUACCAGCUGCAGUGGAAUAAUUAUUAUCACAUAUACAGCUAUAAUAAAAUCAGUUCAAGGGCUCUACUUUUGACAACAAAUGCUCCAGUUGAAAAUAAAAAUCACACCUCAAUCCAAUCUGGAAUACAAGCAUGUUAAUAAUGAAGAUGACAAUGAGAAAAGAAAAAUAUCUGUACAGCAUCUUCCCCAGCAUUAAUUGGUAGGUUGGUCUGAAACUGAAAAUUGGACACAUAUCCCUUAUAUGGGUAAUAUACGACAUGAUUUUAGAUGUAAUUCUUGCAUGAAAUAAUGUUAUAUAUUGUAAGCUUCUGGGAUCCACAACAGACACUUUCUUCUUUUUAAGGCAGUUUUUUUUUUGUCAACUUCUUUUUAUUUCUCUUUUGUAUUUGCCAUAAAGAAACAAUAAACAACAUUUAGAAUUGC